CCGCGCGGUGGCGCUGUCGCUUGCGGCGCGCUGCGCUCGCGCUGCCGUCGCGGUGUGACGUCAGGCGCGCGGCCCGUGACGUCGCGGGGCGGAGCGGACGAUGCUGAGCCGGCUGCAGGAGCUGCGCAGGGAGGAGGAGACGCUGCUGCGGGUCAAGGCGGCGCUGCACGAUCAGCUCUGGCGGCUGCGGGUGGAGGAGCUGGCGCUGCAGUCCAUGAUCAGCGCCGGCGAGGAGAAGGUCCCUGUGCCCCUGCCAGGCCUGGCCGAGGACACUCAGCAGACUCUUGUGCAGAUGGACAACGAGGCUGCCAUCAAUCAAACUGAGUUACACCUUAGUCUUCAGGAUGACAAAGAGGAGGAAGAGGAGGAGGAAGAAUCUGAUUCUUGAGAGAAAGAAAAUCAGAGAUGGUUUUUAAUACAGACUCAGGAAUUUCUUCUUCAUUCAUCUGAAACUCACCAAGUAAUUUCCAUUUUGUGCUGUGUGGAUAUGAACUAUUUGAUAUAUCAGAGUCGAACAUGUGAAUUUCACAGGCUGGGCACAUCUUGACUCAGAUGUUGAAAGAAUGAAAAUCUGCUGCACAAAUAUGUAGCAUAAUCCAUUCCACAUUUCAAACCUAAUGUAGCUCUUACAACAUCUUUGUAUGUGGAAGGAGAAGUAAUUGAUCAACCAAACCAAUUAACACAGGCACUAAAAGCAAUAACUUUGUUCUCAUUUCCUGAUGUGAGAGACAAAUCCAGGUCCUGGAGGCUGGUGCUGCCCCAGUGAUUACAUUAUAACCUCAUUUGCCUAAACUGGGAAUUUGAGCUACAGGGUGAGAAAAGAUGUGUCCAGGGCUGUCUCCAGCCUUCAGCUGCUGUGUUCUCAGUUCCAUGGAAAGCUGGAGUUACUCCCAGAGUCCUCCCAGUGUCAGCCCAAUUCUGAGCACAGCAGGGAGGUCUGUCUGUCCUCCUGGUGUUCUUCAGUUCUGUUAGUCUGUCUCAGAGAAGGAUUUUCUACUUCUGCUCCUUCAGAGCAACAGCCAAGGAGCCUUUUAUUUGUCCACAAAUUAUAGUGCAAGAAAUGAUCUGUGGUGCUUCUAAUAAGCUAAUACUCUUAAAUUGUUGUUCUUUUCUUUUUCUCUCACUGUAACCUCAUAAAUCAAGACAAGGUCGCCUGCCUUCAUGUGAUUCUCAUGAAGGAGUUUAAGAACUUGGUUAUAAAUGGAAAGUGAUGUGAAAUCUCCACAAUUUUUGUAUUUGGAAAAGUUUCUGGUAUCCUGGGAGUGGUCAGAACUGACAUUCAGUGAAUUCCUGCCACUGUUUAAUGAGUGUUAAUUUGGCUCUUGUUUGGUUUGUACCAAUGGAAACAGUUGGGAUGUAAAUGUGGCUUCAUCCUGUACUAAAGACUGUUUGGGUUGUGGGGAUCCUGGAUGUCUCAAGGAAGGAAUUUAGAACAGGAGUGAAGAAGAGAUUGUUUAACAAAGCAUUCCCAAGCCUGACAGGUAAAAAAGCCCCAAAAGUCUGAACCAAAAAUGCUCUGGUCAAAUAAGCCCUUGCAGUGAUGUGUGUGAAGAGCUGGUUUGGGAGAAGCUCAGGAGCCAUCCUGGCCUUUCUUGGCACAUUCCAACUCCAAAGGGUAAUUUUAACUGUUGAAAAAUGUUAUUUGUGCCCAGCAUGGUCCAGGGUAGUUUUCAUGAACAGAAUUGCUGCUGCUUUUGUGAACAAGUCCCUUGCUUUUGGAUUUGAACAGCCCAGUUCUAGUGCAUGUUGCAAUAAAUUUUCCUGCUGUCCUUACACACAACUGUGCUUGCAGUGUCCAAAUCAUUGCUGCAU